CCUUCAAUCUAGAGGAGUUCAUCCUUUUUUUUAAAAUUUAUUUAUUUUUAUUUAUUGGCCGCGUUGGGUAUUUGUUGCUGCAUGCGGGCUUUCUAUAGUUGUAGAGAGCGGGGACUACUCUUCAUUGCAGUGCGAUGGUUUCUCUUGUUGUAGAGCCUGGGCUCAUUAGUUAUGGCUUGUGGGCUCUAGAGCGCAGGCUCAGUAGUUGUGGCGCACAUGCUUAGUUGCUCCGGGGCAUGUGGGAUCUUCCCAUGUGCCCCGCAUUGGCAGGCGAAUUCUUAACCACAGUGUUACCAGGGAAGCCCUUGUUUCGUUUUUUGAGGCACUGACAUUUUUGAAGAGUUCAGGCCUUGUAGAUUUCAACUUCUCUGAUUAUUUUCUCGUGAUUGGAGUCAUAAUGAGAUUGGUAGAGAUAUUGGUGAUAUCAUGUUUGACUACUUGGUUUAGGUAGCUGCCAGAUUUCUCCACUGUAAGGGUGUCUUUUGCACCCCUCCAGUUUUUCUCCAAGUGCAAGUAGUUUAUUUGGGAACUGACCCCAGGACAUACUGCGAGAGCGGAGGAGGGAGUGAGAUGGGACAGAAAAGGCAGUCAACAAAGGGUGCAACCAAACCUGAUUCCACUGCGAACCUGGAGCCAAUGCAGAACUCACAGCUCAGCUUAUCUCACACUAAAGAGGUCAACCUGAAUCAACAUGUCUGGGACUGAGGAAACAAUUCUUGGAGGCCCUGACAGCCAUCCUGCUCGUGGCAAUUCUGUAUUAUGCUUUGGUCAGUACCGAUACACAGCAGAAGAGUACCAGGCCAUCCAGAAUGCUCUGAGGCAGAGGCUGGGCCCAGAAUAUAUAAGUAGCCGCAUGGCUGGAGGAGGCCAGAAGGUGUGUUACAUUGAGGGCCACAGGGUAGUUAAUCUGGCCAAUGAGAUGUUUGGCUACAAUGGCUGGGCACACUCUAUCACACAACAGAAUGUGGAUUUUGUUGACCUUAACAAUGGCAAGUUCUACGUGGGAGUCUGUGCAUUUGUGAGAGUCCAGUUGAAGGAUGGUUCGUAUCAUGAAGACGUGGGCUACGGUGUUAGUGAGGGCCUCAAGUCCAAAGCCUUGUCUUUGGAGAAGGCGAGGAAGGAGGCAGUGACUGAUGGGCUGAAGCGAGCGCUGAGAAGUUUUGGAAAUGCACUUGGAAAUUGUAUUCUGGACAAAGACUAUCUGAGGUCACUAAACAAGCUUCCACGCCAGCUGCCUCUCGAAAUGGAUUUAACUAAAGCAAAGAGACAAGAUUUUGAACCAUUUGUGGAACAAGCCAGAUACAGCAGCUGCCAAGAGAACAUGGCUCUGGGACCCCCCAAACCACAGAAGGUGACCUCCCCAUGCAGACCAAGCCACUCAGAUGGCCCCCACGUUGGGAUGCAGGAGGACAAGGACAGCAGCUCCCGAAGCCUGACCUCUGCUGCCGCGGAGAGUGAUGCCACAUACCAGCGGAAGCUCCGGCAAAAACAGCUGCAGCAGCAGUUCCGGGAGCAGAUGGAGAAACAGCAGCCUCUCCUUUCUGCUACAUCCACUGAGAAGAAGGAUCAGGCAGCUCUACCCCUGGGGCCUCCUGCCAAGCACAGCACUCCCGAAACUGCCGAUCUGGAUCUCACCCAGAUAGACGGGCUUCCAGACAGUCUUGAAAUGUGGGACAUGGCUCUGGAUGCAAAGAACAGUGUGGUUAAGCCCUUGUCUGAACCAGAACCACUGCAGACCUCUGCCACCUCAGUCCUGAAGAACCAGAUGGAGACCCAGAACAGGACUCCACAAAGCCUCUGCCACCAGAAUCCACAGGCAGAAUCUGGACCUUGGCACCUUCAAGCUUACAACCUUAACCAACACAUAACAGGAGACUGUGAUUCCGCUAGGAAGAACAAGGACAUGAAGAAAAGGAAACUGGAUCCAUCUUAACCAAGGCUCAGGUCACCUGACUGGACUCUGUCCCAAAGGGACUUUGAGAAGCUACUUUCUGGCCAUGAAGUGACUCAUCAUUCCUAGGGAGUGAGCUUUACCCGCAGGGACUUACCCUGCCUCAUUCUCAGCUUUGCCAGAGGAUAUGACUAUUGGAAUCUGCUGCAGAUCAAAAUGGGCCGUUGGGAAGCUCUGCGGAGGUUAAACGCCUUUUCUUUGGCUCUUCACUAUUUAUUCCUAAGGUAUUGUGUUAAAUAAAGAUAGAAAUUUUAGGAAUCACCAGUGGCCACCUUCCCCAUGCACCAGCCUUGACAGUGGCCUGCAGUGUGUCACUCUGAGCGACCUCUGACCUCUUUUGCUGCCACACGAGGCUACGGGUCUUCAUCUACGACAAUCUAUUGUUUAUAGGCUCAUCAUGAAACUACCUCUAUUUUUCCCUAAUAAGGAAAUAAUCUAAGACCAAAGAAAAGGCAUUUUAAGAAAGCAAAAUUAAAUUCUACUUAACAAAAUAACAGGCAUACCUCUUUUUAUUGCACUUCACAGAUUUUUUUUCUUUUUUAAAACAAACUGAGGAUGUUUGGCAACCCUGUAUCAAGUAUUUUCCCAACAGCAUUUAAAAGUAUAUACUGUUCUAAGGACUUCCCUGGUGGUGCAGUGGUUAAGAAUCUGCCAGUGCAGGGGACACGGGUUUGAUCCCUGGUCCGGGAAAAUCCCACAUGCUAUGGAGCAACUAGGCCCAUGUGCCACAACUACUGGGCCUACACGCCCUAGAGCCCGUGCUCUGCAACAAGAGAGGCCAUCACACUAAGAAACCCACACACCGCAAUGAAGAGUAGCCCCCGCUCACCACAACUAGAGAAAGCGUGCAUGCAGCAAUGAAGACCCAACACAGCCAAAAAUAAAUAAAAUUGAAGGAAAAAAAAGUAUAUAUUGUUUUAGAUAUAAUGCUAUUGCACACUUAACAGACUACAGUAUAGUGUAAACAACACAUAUGCACCUGGAAACCAAAAAAAUCUGUGUGACAUAAGCAGCUGUUUACAUUUACCUAGUUCAGAUGUGCGAUAUGACCCACUUUCUUUUUUCCUAGUGUUUAGAUGUUUCAUAAUCCUUUCCUCCAACUAACGAGUGUGCAGUUUUACUAUUUAUGUGCAUUUGGGGCUGGGCCUUGUAUCCAGUCUCAAGAUUGCUGGAGCACAGGCCCACUUGUGGGAAGCUGUGCCUGGGGCAAGGAGCCCCUUGAGCAGAGGAGGCAAGGUGAGGAGGGGCUUUCCCUGACCUCCCUCCACCUCACCUGAGCCGCACAGCUCUGGGCAUAUUCAUCUUCUGAUGUUAAUAUCCUUAACCAAAGGCUUCGGAAAAUACAUCUUCCUCGUCUGCAGCAUCUUAGUUCAGGUCAGAACUGCUGUUAAAGUUCCUGGAGACAGGAAUCCAGUUUAUAAACUGCACACAAGUCAAAGAGCUAAUGAGAUCAUGAGAAAGCAUUUGCUGAACAUGAAAACCCACAGCUCAAGAAAAGCAAGUUUGGUUUAUUUGAAUGAUUUUGUCAAGUAUGUCUACAAAGGUAAC